GUCUGCGUUUGGUAGUGUCCUUAGGGUAUUAACAUCCACACGUUAAUACUGAAGCCGAUGCUGUACCUCUCAAUCUCUCUACUUCACGUUAAACAUCAUUUAGUUAGAACCACUACAAGAUGUCAAAUUAAGGACUAUCUCAACGAGAAGGAAGCGUAAUUGCCCUGCUAAUAUUAAACUAGUUAGUUGGAUAGUAAGCGGCUGUCAUUGGAUCUCCUCGAUCAGUUAGAAGUUGGGAGACGGAGAAGGCGUGUCCAACACGUGUAUAAAAACACCUCGCCUGAUCGUACUUGGAAUAGACCCACGUCUCAAUGUAUCUCAAGGGAAAGUCCUGUUAGACUCAGUCAGCUAUAGAUAAGAUCCCGACGACAAAGCUACCUUUAGGUGAAAGCAUCAAACGACUAGUCAUUCCUUUGACUGUGUUUAAAAGAGUUGAUCCACUCAAGAUUACUCUUUAAGACAAAAUGGCUAGCAACAAUACAACARACGGAGACCCAGGAGAAUAUUUCAUGGACGAAGCAUCGUAUUCCUUGGCGGAGAUCGUAGCCUGGUCUUUUGCUUUUGGCCUCGAAGGAUUUCUUAUUAUUUGUGGGAACAUUUUAACAAUCUCGACAUUUGUUGGGACUAAGCGACUUCGUCGACAAAGCACAAUACUACUUAUUAAUCUCGCUACUGCUGAUCUUUGUGUUGGUUUGCUAUCCAUCCCUGUAUUCAUCUACUACUUUGUUGAUUAUCUUUACUUUUUUGGAGAAAAUGAGGCCUUGGGGAUGACUCAUAGGAUAUUAGACGCUGGCACAGCUUAUGCCUCGUUAUUCUCGCUCGUGUUGGUAUCGCUUGAGCGCGUUCGCGUCAUCGUGUGGCCGCUGCAACACCGCCUCACAACAAGGCAGUUUGUCUUUGCAACGAUCGCUGCAGCGUGGAUUCUGGCGUUUAUCUUACCUUUCCUUGAUUACACGGAUACUGGUGUACCUGUAUCAUUCUAUAUUGCCGUGCCUAUGCUGGCUGUUUCCCUGAUCAUCAUGUGCGCAGCCUACGUGGUCAUCUGGGUGCAGGUCCGGUACAAACGACAGAAAAGCCACAGGAAAGAAUCAUCGGAUUUCGAGCGCGCCUUCGCUAUAACCUUACUUAUUGUGACCGCUACAUCUGUCGUCGCUUGGCUACCAUUUCAAGCGAUCCUGAUAAUCGAGACCCUUUGCGCGGAAAAAUGUGCCCCGGUGUCUGAUAACGUCCUUUACACCAGCAAGCUCUUGCAUUAUGGGAAUUCUCUUGUCAACCCUGUUAUCUACAGCCUCAGGUUUCCUGAAUUCAAGAAAGCAGCUUUUCGUAUUCUCAGCGUGAAUCGCCAUAGUGGUUCAAAGAAUAACGAUCCAGCACUUAUGCCAAUGCAAGAGAUCGUACCAUCACCCAAUCAGACGGCUAAUAGUUCUAUCCGAUGGACAUGGAARUCACGGAGCUUGCGCGGAUCCACGAAAAGUAACGGAAGUCCACGACUACAACUCAAAGAGGAGGAAAAACGAAGAGAGGAUUUACAAGAUUUAGUGGAGCAGUCAUAAAGUUAAAUUCUAAGCAAAAAUUCGCAGCAUAAUCAGAUUAUUACUACUGUCAUUAAAAGGUUGUUUGCGGAAGAUCGCAGAAAGAGAAAAUGUAUACUGGAAGGAUGAAAUCUGAGAUCACAGCUAAUCACGUAAGAAUAUCUUGAAAAGAAUACCAACCCGGCAGACAGGUAAUACAAAUGUAUUAUUUAAAAGAGGUUUCGGCAGAAAAAAAUCUAAUCCAAGGUUCAGACGUGCUUUAAUAAUGCGAGAUUACAUCUUAUAAUGGAAAGAAAAACAAGUUAAAGUGAAUUAGAGCGGAAAGAAAAACUCGAAGCAGCUUCUAUUUUUGGAAGGUAUGAAAGAACAAUGCUAUUUUAAGAAGAGAAAGGAGAGAAACAAAGAUUUCGGCGCUUGCUAUAAAGUGGGGCUCAUAGUCGUAAAUAGAUGGCAAAAUCAAUCAGGGCGCAUCGUAGACACAUAUAGAAGAGCUAAAUACUCAGAAACGUUAACGAUUGAGUGUUUAAUGAUUUGCUGGUAAUCAUCUUACUUCUAUGUCGGUGCGAGAUAAAUACUGCCAGAYGUAACAGUCGAGGGCAUUGAAUGGAAAAAAUACCUUGUGACAAAAAAAAAAAAAAAAAAAAAA